AUGGACACGGCGAUUAUUAGCAAGUUUGAGAUUGUCGACACGUCAACGAGUUGGCUGUCCGCGACCUAUGCCCUCGUCAAGCACACUUCCGGGCUUCUCAUUCAUACCUGGGCGAUGCACGCUGAUUACAGGGCCUACGGCCCGUACGCGGCCUGCAAUCGGAUGGUGCGCAAUUUGAGCGUGAUUUUGCAGGGCGAGGAGGCGCCAUAUGGAGAUGCGACGCACAGCCGGAUCUUCGACGUGAAGGGCCUUCUAAACACUGCGGUCAUGCAGGCUUCGUUGAAGAAAACGGAAAAAGAGGCGAUAAUCGUUGCCGGGGAUUUCAAUUCGCCUAGCCAUUUGGAUUGGACCAACGAGACCAAGAGCCAGCACUGCGGCUGGGUGGUGGAGUGGCCGGUGACAAAGUUGAUGGAAGACGCGGAAUUUCUUGAUUCUUUUCGAGAAGUUUUCUCAAAUCCAGCGACUCGACCAGGGAAAACCUGGUCCCCAAUCACGAAAGGAUCUUCCGAAUGGGAUUACGCACUUCGCGAACCGCAAGAUCGCAUCGAUUUCAUCUUCUACCAGGGCCCGAUUCAGGCUAAUAAUUCGGCUCGCUAUGCUGGCAGCGAGCCAAUCAGCCGGCAGCCAAACUGCGAGAACAACGAUUGGCCGAGUGACCAUUAUGCGGUGUGGACGGAUUUUGUGAUUGUUGAAAAA